AUGUCGUUCACGACGAUGCCGCCUGUGUUGACCGAAAGCCAGAAAGGUUCGGUCGAGGACAUUCAAAUCUCACUUGCCCCCUACAUUCAAUCCUACCUGAGCCAAACCGGCAGGCGGCACUCGUGUUGCAGUGUGAUGCUACCGGUGGCAUUCGAACGAGCGGCUCCCCGCUCCUGGUUCAACCCGCGGUUCGAUUCGCCCGUCCUGGAGGGCCAGUAUCAAGCGAGCGUGUUUCCUCAGCUUCGACUCAAGUUUCGCUUCGCGCUCUUCUACAUCCUGCUCUGCUCGCUCGUCUGGCUGCUGUACUUCCUCCUCGACGCUGGCCCUACCACCUACACGCCGCUUACCGUCGCCAUUGGUCUGAUAUUCGUGUUUACGCUCCUCGGCCUGUGGGUGAGUGGGACGGACAUCUUCCGGGCGUACACGAACCUGUUGUCCAGCGCCUGUGCCAUCUUGCUGUGCAUGUUCUCGCUCUCGCUACUACUACUGACUCGCGAAGCGCUAAGUCCGCUUGGGCACUUCUCUAUUUGCAUCGAGAUCGUGCUCCUCGUAUACACCAUUAUCCCACUGCCGCUCUGGCUGUGCUGUACCAUUACCAUACUAUACUCGCUCUGCUUCGAGGUAAUCUCGUUUCUCCAGCAGACCCAUUUCGAUUACAACUCUCGUCCGAAUGGCGCAAUGAUUCACAGCGAACCAGGCAACAGCGGUAGCUCCUCUGUAAGCAACGAAGGCGACGACAACACGUUUCUGUGCAAAAUUAUCAUGAUACGGGUGCUGAUACAGUUAUGUGUGCACCUGAUCGGCGUGCAGAUCCUGGUGAUGACGGUGGUGCGGAUGCGGGGAACGUUUAUGAAGGUCGGUCAGAACUUGUUGGUGCGACGUCAGCUCGAAAUGGAGAAGCAGCUGAAGGAAAAGAUGAUCCACUCGAUGAUGCCCCCGAAGGUGGCCGAUCUAUUGCUGAAGGAGAGUAGCGCAACGAAGGCUGGGACUGCGGCGGGCGGGGGCACUAGCUUUGAUCAGUAUCCAGCGCCACGCCGAGCUACACCCUCCGAUCUGAAGUCACUGUUUCGGCCGUUCCACAUGAACCGAAUGGAAAAUGUAAGCAUCCUUUUUGCCGAUAUCGUCGGGUUUACUCGAAUGUCCGCUACGAAAACCGCCGAGCAGCUGGUCGAGAUACUUAACGAUCUGUUCGAGCGUUUCGACGAUCUAUGUUUGGUGAAUGGAUGUGAGAAAAUUUCGACCCUGGGCGACUGCUAUUACUGUGUGUCUGGAUGCCCGGAACCUCGGCCCGACCAUGCUAUUUGCUGUGUCGAGAUGGGAUUGGGAAUGAUUGAGUCGAUACGUGUUUUCGAUGCGCAACGUAACGAAGGAAUCAAAAUGCGCGUCGGUGUGCACACCGGCACGGUGCUCUGCGGCAUCGUUGGCACCAAGCGCGUCAAGUUCGACGUCUGGAGCAACGACGUGACAUUGGCAAAUCGCAUGGAAUCUAGUGGAAAGCCGGAUCAAGUGCACGUGUCGGAGGAAACCUGUGGUUUUCUGGGCGAUUCGUACAUCAUCGAAGAAGGCGAAGAAGUUGACAAACAUCGUACCUACUUUGUGGUUGGGAAGAAGAUCGAUCUGGUCGGUUCGGUUACCGAGGGCUUAUCAAGCAUUGGCUUGCCAACGGAUAUGCAUUUGCUCACUUCGUCGCCGCUAGACGAAGCGAUGACAAGUUACAGCGGGGAGGACCAGGCGGGAAGUUCUUGUUUGUCGCGAAGCCCUACCAACCUGUCCACGAUACAGCCAGCCGUACCACCCGCAUCGCCAGCUGGUCCCGUGUUUUUCUCCUCACUGCACGCGUCACUAGUUGCCACUCCUGCGCGAAAUCGCAUAACUUCACUCACGAAGAUGACUAAGUUUUUCAAAUCGGCUGUCAAAGGAGACGGUACACGUCUGCUGAAUACACAACGGGCAACGGGUACCGCGAGUGAAUCGACCGGCGUUCGCGGCGAUGAAGAAGAGCUGGAGAAACCACGAAUAAUAAUUAGCACGAAAUCGAUCUCAGAAGGAUCUGAUUCGGAGGAGGACGGUGGGUUUAUGAUGAUGGCAAAAUGCAAGAGUGCUCCUCGGCUUCCUUCGUCUGCAGCAGCGUCACAUGAUCGAUCCAUCGAAGAGGCAAUGGACGAUCAUCCCCUCACACAGCAAGUGCCCACGGUGACAGUGUUCAACGAAGAACAACGAAGGCUGCCCCGUCGCGGCGGAGAAAACAGCACGCAACACGGCAAAAUAGUUCGGCCCAAUGUUGUACCCAAUACAUUUCGUGGUUGCUGGAACGUUAGCAAACUGCUGAAACGUCAUGAACCGUCGGCGUACUCUCCCCGGGACGUCGGUAGUGCCCAAAACUGUGAUAGUGCGGCAAAACGAUGUGAGGAAGAGACGCCAUGCAUUGAACAACGGGGUGGUGUAGUGCGAGAGGCAGCCGGUGUGAGCACCGAAAACCGAACAGCCGCCGCUAGUGAUACCAGCAGCACUAGCAACCACGUUGCAAGCAGCACAAACUGUUAUCAGACCGUACCGAUCGUCAUUGUCACGCCGCGUCCUAGCAGCCAAACGUUGGAUGGAGUGAAUGGUGCAAAUGAUGCUAGUAACGGCGCGUGCUGUUCCUCGAGCGCUACCGUCACGUCUGCGGGUGGUGCGGGAGGCGGUCGUGACUGCUUGCGUAUGGCAAACAGCGCACAUGACAGCGAAAACUCCAUGUUUGACGAGAUCAUCGACGUUCGCUCGUACAUUUCCCAGUCGCGCAGCGACAUUUCUCCAUUCGGUCGCACGGGAAGCUAUCGAUCGCAGACAGCAGAUCGGACAUCUAUCAUACACGAUCUCGCCCUAGUCGCCAGAGGAAGUUCCGGUGGCGGCAGUGGAAGCUUCAGUCGACCGCGUAGCUCCACCCUAACCACUACAUCACAGUGUGGUGCCGGCGGGAGAGGAGGCGAACAACAGCACGUGCGCCACGCAUCUGUCGCGGCCUGUCCCAGCUCUCGCCUGCUCGGACCGGAUGGGGCCAGCCUUUCACCGUCGGCUACUUCUCGCAAGGAUUCCGGCAUUCGGUCCAACAGUCGACGCUCCAGCAUUCAGCACCAAAUCAUGCUAAUGAGCCAAAGCGUUGCGCUGUCUACGCACCGCGUUUCGGGCUAUUUCACCAGCUCCCAAUCCAGCUUGUCGGGAGCAAUGGUUACCGGUACCAACGUCCAAGAACCACACCCAUCUGCAGCAGCACACCACCACAUCAUGAAACCGAACGGCGGUUUACGUGGCACGGCAACUAUCGGCAAUUGUGGUGGUGGUGUUGGUGGUGGUGUUGGUAGUGUUAGUAGUGGUGGCGACGGUCAGUGCAUCGUGGUGGGGUCAAAGGAACCACAUCCCGACCCGCUAGCCGCCUGUCUUCAGCAAUUGCGCAAGCAGUCCGAUCUGCAGCUGAUCCGGUGUGUGCGAGACAAUGCCCGUUCGCAGCGCAGCUACCUCGUGAAGCCGCCCCUGCUACCCGUGUCACUGUGCUUCAAGUCGCGGCUCAUGGAGCAAGAGUUUCGUUCAAAGGCGCAUCGCUUCGGCAGCGAGGGAGGCGGACCAGGCGAGCUUGAAGGUGGUGGUCCGCCGACCUUAGCCACCCCGAAGUACAACACCUACAUUGAUCUGCUGGUCUCGUUUGCCAUCUAUCUUGCCACUUCAACAUCACUCUUUCUCCUAUCACCCUCGGUCUAUCUGGAGUCGUACAAAGUGUGGGUGUGUAUCUUCGUCCUGUUCAGUACAGCGCAGCUGUUCGUGCUGUUCAUCUGCACCAAGCAGGUGUGUUCGCGGACACGCAAAACAUCCAUGCGCCGCUCGCGCCCCAUCGUCAGCUAUAGCUGCUACGACAGUCUGCUACAGCUCGCUUCCCAUUGGUAUCCGUGGCACCUGUGCGGCGGCAUCCUAAUGUCGCUUCCCGUCGUGUCCAUUCUCUCGAACUUUGCCAUGAUGGACGUCACUAAGUUCCGUGUGUUCGAGUUUCACUACGGCUUUCUGAUGUACAUCUGCAUCGUACACUUCUGCAACUUUACCCAGCUCAACUGGCGCAUGCGCAACUGCAUGGCCCUCCUGACGGCUAUUGCGUUCAUUGGCAUCGCGAUCGGUCAUAUGAUGCAGCUGUUGGCCCUGGACAAGCUCGGCACGCCGGUGUCAUUGAACAGGACGAGCACAGUGGGCCCGGCAGUAGCAGUACCGCAGAGCGCCAACACUCUGCACCAGGCCCAAUUCGAAUGGUUCAACAACUAUCGAGUCGAAAUUUACGUCGAUUUGUUUCUGCUGCUCGUGCUGGUGUGGUUUCUGAAUCGCGAGUUCGAAAUCGGUUAUCGGUUAAGCUUCCACGGCAGUGCCGUUGCCAGCCAGGACAAGGUGCGUGUGCAGAACAUGAAAAAUCAGGCCGAUAUGUUGCUGCACAACAUCAUACCGAAACACGUGGCGGAGCAGUUGAAAAAUACCGCCAAAUACUCGGAGAAUCAUCACAACAUCGGUAUUAUUUUCGCGAGCAUCGUCAACUUCAACGAAAUGUACGACGAGUCGUACCUCGGUGGCAAGGAGUAUCUGCGUGUGCUGAACGAACUGAUCGCCGACUUUGACGAGCUACUCGCGAGACCCGAGUUCCGGUGCGUGGAGAAGAUCAAAACUAUCGGCAGCACGUUCAUGGCGGCCUCCGGUCUCGACCCGGGCUGCCGCGGCGCAAACUAUGAGCAUCUCUAUGAGCUGGCUGACUUUGCGCUAGCGAUGCAACAGGUGGUAGAGUCGUUCAAUCGGGAUUUACUGGAGUUUAACCUCAUCAUGCGCGUCGGUUAUAACUAUGGCGAUGUGACGGCCGGAGUGAUCGGCACGAGCAAGCUGUACUACGACAUCUGGGGCGAUGCGGUCAACGUGGCCAGCCGGAUGGAUUCGACGGGCGUUGCAGGCAGAAUACAGGUUGGUAGCGAGUGUGUGCCAGUGCUGAGCGAGCGGUACGACUUUGAACCACGUGGCAAGGUGUAUGUCAAGGGAAAGGACCACAUGGAAGUGUACCUGUUGAUCAGGAAGAAACCGGACUUACUGGGACCACUGGAGCUAGACAUAGAUCCUCUUUGA